GCGAGAGGGGGGUCAUAACAAGUGUGUCCUCGAUAAGUAAUUAUUCCAUUUCCGCCUCGCUCGGCUGGUGACUCUGAGAGAAGCGCUUGGAUGAACUGGAAAAGGAGGCUGAGCUGAUUUCUGUGUGCUCUCCGCCUGACGCUCCUCGCAGCCUGAAGACAAGAGGAUGGAUGGAAACUUGUUACCGACUCUUAUCUUUCUCCCGGUCCUGCUCUCAGCCGUGUUGCCGUCUUCCGCCGGUGUGCUGGAGCCGUACGACCUUUUAUAUGAUAACGCGGUGGAAGCGUUUUACAGUGCCGACUAUGAGAGCGUGGUGCGCUACAUGGAGGGGGCGCUCAGCAGCAACAGACAUGUCCGGGCCACCAGGGUCCAGUGCCGGCUGAGGUGCCAGGACCAGCAUCCGUUUGAUGAAAGCUUCUCGGAUCUGCGCUUCUUCGACUCGGUCCUGCGGAGAGCAGCGUGUAUGAACAAAUGCAUCGAGGCAAAAGUUGGCACGCAGUCUCUGCACAAAGUCAGCGAGGAUGUGGUGCAGGACUUCAACAGGAGGAUCCCGUACAACUAUCUCCAGCAGGCUUAUCAGAAGUUGCAGCGGCCUGACAAGGCUGCAGAGGCGGCUCACACCUACUUCCAGGCCAAUCCAGAGCAUGUGGAGAUGGGCCGGGACCUGGAGCAGUACAAAAACCUGCAGGGCGUCGAGGAAACCCACUUUGUGGACCGAGAAGCCCGGCCUCACCAGCGCUCCUUCACAGCCGCAGUGCAGUUGUACGAUAAAGGCGAGUACGAAGGAGCGAUCGCUCUCUUUGAGGAGGCGUUGGUGAAAUACUACAGGGCAGAUGUGGACUGUCGGGCGUUGUGCCAAGGCCCGCAGAAGUUUGAGGGCCAAGAUCACCUCCGAUACCGCUACAGCCUCUAUGAAGUCGUAUCAGAUCACUUCACUCAGGUGCUGCACUGUGAGCACGAGUGUGUCAGAGACCUCGCUACUCGACCUGGUCGCCUCUCACCUAUGGAGAACUACCUGCCUCUACACUACGACUACCUUCAGUUUGCCUACUUCAAAGCGGGCAGGCUGGAGGAGGCGCUGCAGUGCGCUCUCACCUACCUUUUGUUCCACAAGGGAGAGGAGUUCAUGGAGGAAAACGCCGAUUACUACAGAGAGGAGCUGGGACAUGAUGCUGAGCCACGAGAGAAAGCUGCGUGGUACCUGAGGCGGCACAAACAGGAACUAGAGCUCCUUCUGAUUGGCAGCAAAAUCAUGGGUGCAGAAUUCACAGAAGGGAACUACUGGAGGAGCACAGGUGGAAGAGAUGACUCACACAGCAUUCCCUCAGGCACCGAUGGCUGGAUGGAGUAUGUUCCCAUCUCGCAUAAGAAAAAUGUCACCGUCACGUCUCUGCAGAGUCUCAAGGAAGGUGGCCCCUUGCUGUACGAGGGCGUGCAGCUGGUGCAGAACUCGGCGGCUUUGAACGGGACCCAGCGGGUGCUGCUGGAUCAUGUUAUAUCUGAGGAAGAGUGUGCAGAGCUCAGACAGCUGGCACAUACUGUCACGAUGGCAGGAGACGGUUACAAAGGGAGGAUGUCCCCUCACACUCCCAAUGAGAGGUUUGAAGGAGCCAGUGUGCUUAAAACCCUGCAGCACGGCUUUGAGGGCAGAGUGCCAAUGAGAAGUGCUCGCCUCUUCUACGAAACCAGCGAGCGGGCGAGACGAAUCAUCGAGUCGUAUUUCGUUCUAAACUCCACGUUGCACUUCUCCUACACACACCUGGUGUGCCGGACAGCCAUCAAAGGUCAGCAAGAUCACAGGAAUGACCUGAGCCAUCCCAUCCAUGCUGACAACUGCUUGUUGGACCCUGAUGCCAAUGAGUGCUGGAAGGAACCUCCAGCUUACACAAACAGAGACUACAGUGCACUGUUAUAUCUAAAUGGGGACUUUGAAGGAGGGGAGUUCAUAUUUACAGAAAUGGAUGCCAAAACGGUCACGGCAUCAGUGAAACCAAAGUGUGGCAGAAUGGUAGGUUUCUCAUCAGGAGGGGAAAAUCCACAUGGCGUGAAGGCUGUUACGAGUGGGCAGAGGUGUGCUGUGGCUCUCUGGUUCACCCUGAACCCACUCUACAGAGAACUGGAGCGACUGCAGGCGGACGAGGUGGUCCAGGCCCUGGACACGCAGCACGUGUUCGGUCAAGGUCUCAACAUCAACCCCAAAGAUGAGUUGUAGAAACGUCACAAUGGCGCCACCUUCUUUAAUCAAUCACUUGUAUAUGUUUUCACUAUUUAUUGAAUGACCUCUGGAUCAGAACGUUUCUAUUUUUGUACUGUUUUGGAAGUGCAAAGUUAAUGUUGUUUUGUGUUAUUUUGAUUUUUUUCCUCCUGCUUCUUAUUCAAACUUGAGUUUACAUUUUGAUUCUUGGUCGUUUGAUCCAAUCACAGCCUGCGUGUGUUUGGAGUGACAGACUGUGGUCAGCUUGUAUCUGUAAUCUCACUGUGAAGUUUCACUGCUUUGGGUCGUGUCUGGGCAACAGACUUAAACACCAAUAUUUCAUUUUCACUGUAUGUUCAUAUAUUAACUUGUGUCUUCACAAAUGGUACGGGCAAGUAUGAUAUUAAGCACAUUAUCCCUUUUUAUUAUUUUCUAUGCCUGUAAUAUAUUUUUAAAUGCACGGUGCACUGUUUUUUUUUUCUCAGAGUCUAAAAUGAGACUCAUCUGAAUAAUUAGUGUUUUGUUGAAUAUUUAAGUGAAACAGGAAACUUUAGUCAGUUUAGUUCAUUAGUUGUAAUAAAUCACUCUGCACGACACUGCCUAAGAUGCUCACUGACACGAGGGCAGAGUGUGUUUGGUUUUUUAUUGUGUUCGUCUUGUAAUGACAGCUGCUGCCGACAUUUAAUAUAAGAAACUUUUUUUCAUAAAAGAUGCCAAUUAUUCCUGUUUCAAGGAAUACGCGUUGAAUAACGGGCUUUUAUUACUUUGUGUGGUUGGUCGAGAACGGUCGAGUCGUGCACUGUAGAUCAGGUGGAGAAGAAAAAUAAAUAAGAGUAACUUGGCUUUUAAACAUGGGUUCAAAAUGUUUUAUUGUUUAAUUCUGAAAUGCUGAAGAACACAUGUAUGUGUACAUGCCUAUAAAUUAAAAAUAUUUCAUGUG